AUGCUAACCACUAAUAGUUUAUACAUCUUAUAUACUGCUACCAGUACCGAGGAUUCGCCAGUAGGAGCCAUUGGAAUGUCCACGACGUCCAGGCUCCAGUUGGCGAUGAGAGUGACGAAGGACGGUGGCCCCGCAUCUUCCCGACCGUGCCUAUUGAAUACUCCUGCACAUUUCGGGAUGACUAUAGGGUCGUCGGCCAAUAAGCCAACCAUAAUCGAGAACCAACCUGUUCAGGGCCAAUAUGGACAGACUAACGUGCACCAGGCUUUUCUUCCUUUGCCUUCUGUACUACUGCUGGUAACAGAGUCCAAGGGGGAUUAAAGAACCAGUUUACACUGGGGUCGCCCCAGUGUCGUACAAAUACCCCCCCCCUUUUAACGUAGGAACACAGUAAUUAGGGAGUAUCGCAUUGCCG